UACAAAUCGUAAUUUGAUUUGUCGGUGAAUUCUGCCAGUUUUUUAUUAUUUUAUCAUUGAAAUACUCCUUUUUACAAAGUUUUUUCGAGUGCAUAUGUUGCAUGGGUUAAAUAGAACAGCGUAUACCAGUGUUUCUUCAAGUUUUAAAGAUGAAUAAGCAAAAAAUUAAAGAAAUAUGCAGUGUAGCUGAAAACUAUCUUCAGCAACUGAAGGAAAUGGAAGAUGAAAUUUCAAGCGGAAUCAAACAGAUCAAUGAAACAGCAGAUACUGCAGAAGGAAUGCUAAUGAGACGCUUCACCACUUUGCAAGAGCAUAUUAACAAUCUAUUAACCCAAAAAAAGUUAACGUUGCUGGAGAAAGUUCUAAAGACCAAGGAAGAGGCUUCUGCACCAUUGCAAGCCUCCUUAGAAGGAAUGAGGGAAAAAAUUCGAGGUAUAGAAAAAUUCAUACAAUUAGGAGAGAGUAUCGAUGAGAAGUGUUCUUUAGACAAUAUAAUGGUUGUAGAUGAAUUCAUCAGACAAUCGGAAGAAUUAGAAAAAUUUCCUUCCGUUUCAUUAGUUGCAAAGGUGCCUUAUAUCACUUUUGAGGCAGAUGAUAGUUGUUUGAGUCCCCUUAAAGAUAUUAUUUCUAGUUACGGAGACAUAACCACAAUAGGCCCAGUUCAGAUAUGCGGUCUCAUAGAAAAGCCUGGAGCUAUUCUAGUGGAGUGGCGAAUGUCAGAAGCUGAAGAUCAGCCAGUAGAUGUUCAAGAAUAUUGUUUGCAGAAAGCUCCAGGAGACUGUGUUUCAGAUAUAACCAAUUUCGAAACUUGUUAUGUGGGCGAAGACACACAUUUUCUAAGCAAAGAUGUCCUUGUGGGCCAAUACUAUUCAUUCCGAGUUGGUUGCAAAUUUGAGGGUAGUAGCAGCUUAAGUCGCUGGUCUAUACCUAUGCCAUUUAAAACCACAAUAAAAUCCUACAACUGGAAAGAGAGUGGUUAUUACUCAAUGAAUGACGAAUUUAGAAUAGCUAAACCAUUGAUUGAUUCGCCACCUAUACUCAUCUCAGAAGGUCGACAAUACCAAGUAGGGUAUACAAUUGAAUUCACUAUCUUAGAAUUGGAUGAUAAUGCUGCGUAUAUAGGAUUAUUAAAAGAGGAUAAGAAAACCCUUUCGAAAUUAGAAGAUCCUAAUGGAACAUUCAUCAUUGAUUCAACAGGUCUCAUCAAAGUUGAUGGUGUAACAAAGUCAACAUUUCUACCAAGGUUUAAAAAAAAGUGCAAGAUCUGUUUCAGCUGUGAAUGUUUGAAGGAUGAGAGAGUUGUUAUUCAUAUUGAUUUAGAUGAAAAACGAGUCACAUAUGAAUGGGGAGUAAAUAAAGCAGAUCUUUUGUAUUUCGCAGCUGAACUUCCAACCACAAAAUGGAAAAUAAUGGUAGAAUAACAGUAUAACGCAGAUUUCAUCCAUUCAAGUAUUGAAUUAAACUGAUAUGGACUUGGUAUUUUCUUACUUUCUAUAUUUAUAAAAUCGGGGGUGAGAAAAAAUAUUCACAACUCCAUGGGUCUCAAAAAUGUAAAUUUUCACUCAGUAAAAUCGGAUAAUAUAUAUUGUGUAGUGGAUAUACAACAGUAGGAAAAUUCCUUAUGUAUUUAUAUGUUGUUUAAAUUAUUGAUUUAAAAAAAAUUUAAGAAUCCCAUUUCUGAAUCUAUUUUCACAAAAAAAGAUUGCAUUUCCAUGAUCACUGGCGUUUUGUUUAUUUAUAGUCUCCCAAAUAUGCCAUGUUCUUUGAAGAAAUUGAAUUUUACUGUGUUAUUGAAGCCAAUUUGAAAAAAUAACUGUUUUUAUUUAAUGCUCAAAUUUUAUUACUUGUUUAGAUACAUAUAGAUAAAUUUCUAUUUUUUCUUCUGGAAAUUUUUAUGAAUUGAGAGAUGUUACCUUUUUGAAGUAUUUUAUAUGAAGGCUCAAUAUUGAGAAGUGUCAUACUCAUGUACUAGUCUCGAAAAUAAACUAUUUUGAUUAA